AGCAUAUCAAACAGAAUAAAAGCCAUGGAACCUAUAAAGAACACCAACCAUCUUAACUCAUCAAAGUGAUAAGACUGUUCCUCUCUUCACUUGCUUUUGUGUUCACUUUUCUUUGUUCUCUAUUAUUGUUUAUAAUUCAGAAAAGUCGAAUACACCUAGCUACUUCUUCGAUCGAUAUUGAUUUCUGUCCAUACUUCAACCAAUAAACAAAGUUAGGACCCAGAAAACCACCCAUAAGACUAGAAACCAUGCGAAAUCUCCAAUCCCUUCGUCUCCAAUUGUUGUUUUGUACACUAUUUACAAUUGGUUUAGUCACUCUUCUGAUGAUCGAUGCUUUUGUCUUAGAAAAUAACAGUGAAGCCAAAACCGCAAAAGAGAUCACUGCUGCUAAGACGAUUAACAACUCCAUUGUACAUGCUAAGGAAGUACAACAAGAACUUGAAGAUAAACCAAGCAAUGGCGAUCUUAUCUACGCUGGCAGCAAAAGAACAGUGCCUCGUGGACCUGAUCCUAUACACAACAGGAGAGCGGGAAAUUCAGGACGACCACCGGGAAGCGCAUAAGUACGGUGAAAGCUUGGGGAAGAAGCAGAUAGAAGUAUUUAUUGGCAAAGGUUUUGUAAUGCUGCUAGAUUCUCUUUUCCUUUCGUUUGGGAUCGAAUCUUUUAAAUAUGCUCAAAACAUUUGUGACCCUACACUUCUAUUUUUUCGGUUUAAUGUUUUUUUACCCUAGCGAAGAAAUUAUCAAAUUAUAUAUUUA